CACUAGUAAUUUUGGGGCCCUUUAUAGCUUGUUGUUCGGUGUGAGCCAAGGCUCCGUGUUGAAGGCCGUACUUUAACCUAUAAUGGUUUAAUUUUUAAAUUGUUAUUUGGAUGGAGAGUUGUCUCAUUGGCACUCACACCACAUCUUCCUAUAUCUAUAUGUUCUCUGUAGCUAUAUGUGUGACAGUGUAUGUACGUACUAGUUUAUAAACAUGAAAUUCUUCAUUCAUCAUGUUCAUAUAAUAUAAAGAAUACAAAAUAAUGGGUAUAAAGAAAAGACAAAUGACCUAAAAAAUUAAAAGAAUAUUAUACUGAAACAUGUGUAAUGAAAGAACCUCAAUCUAGACCUUCAUAUUGAUUUAAAGUAAACAUGGACCGUGGUAAACAUAUAGAAUUUGAAAAAAUUCUAAACAUGAUAAAGGAAUUAAAACAUUUUUACAGUAUAUGAUUAAAAUUAAUUUAAUGUACAGUGUCAAUGUAAUGUUACAAAAAUAGUUUGUUUUAAAGACAUAUUUUUUUCAGGUAUAAGAAAUGGUGUGGCUGCUUUGAUGAAAAGAGAAAACCCAGAAAUAGUUGUUACUCAUUGCUUGGCUCACAGAGUUGAGUUAAGCUUUAAGGAUGCUAUUAAGUCAUCUAAAUUGUAUGAUAAAACCAUAACUCUUCUUCUUGGUCUUUACUACUUGUACCGCAGAGGUCCCAAACAGAAGAAAGCCUUAAAACGAGCUUUCAGUGCACUUAACAUGACGAAAAUACUUCCAACCCGUGUAGGAGGAACUCGUUGGAUGCCACACAUGCUUAGAGCAAUAAAUGUUAUUAUCAAAGGUUACAGGGGAUUUAAAGCUCACCUAGAAAGUGCUUCACAUGAAAAUCCAAAAGCUGAAGGACUUGCCAAAAUUCGAACUGAUGUAGCGGUUGUCACAUUCAUGUUAAAUUUAAAGGAAAUCAUAUCACCUUUAAACAGACUAUCCUUGAUUCUGCAGAAACAGAACCUAACAUUGUAUAAUGGACAUGCACAGAUCAAAGCAACUACAGAAGUUCUAAAAAUAUGCAAACCAAAGUAUGGGGACCAUGAGAUUCAUCUUGUAAAGAAAAAUCUCAAGUCCACCUUAAUAAGGUCAGGCAUGGAUAUAGAGGAAGUUAACACAGAGUGGGCCAUUUUGAAAUCUUUAAUAUAUCAAAGGUACAGUAACAGACUUAUAGAUGGUGCCUUGACAUGGGGAUCUGUGUUUGAAACAUUCAGGGAUGGCCUUGACAAUAUAAAGCUUGUUAUAGAUGCUCUGCUCAGUCUACCACCAACAAGUGUCAAUAAAGAAACUACAUUCAGCAGAAUCAAACUCAGCAAAGGCAAGAGGCGGGGUCAUUUGAAGACGGACACAUUGAAGGACUUGAUCCAAGUUGAAAUUGAGACUGAUAAUGUUGAGCAGUUUGACCCAAAGCUGGAUGGUAAUUGUUCAUUCAAAAUUAUUUUUUUGUCUGCAUGA